GAAAGCCGCAUCGGGGAAGCCGUCUUUGCAGUUCAAUACGCAUGCGCGGUACUUAUUUGGUUAGAGAGAGACAUGGCGACGUCCCUGAUCUGCGGCCGUCUGACGGCUAGCCUGAGAAACUCAGGGGCCAGAAACACUCUGAGCUCCGCGUCCAAGGUCCUGGGUGUGUCCUCUGGUCUGUUUGGAGCUCAUGUGUCUCCUCUGCAGCUGCAGCAGCAGCAGCAGAGGAGUUUGUCUCUGCACGAGUACACGAGCAUCGGGCUGCUGAAGGAGGCCGGCAUCUCUGUUCCUGAGGGCAUGGUGGCCAGCUCCUCAGAGGAGGCCUACAGUGUGGCCAAACAGAUCGGCUCAAAGGACCUGGUGGUGAAAGCUCAGGUUCUGGCUGGUGGCAGAGGGAAGGGGACGUUUGAGGGCGGACUGAAGGGAGGAGUCAGGAUCGUCUACUCACCAGAGGAGGCCCGGGAUAUUUCCUCGCAGAUGAUUGGUCGAAAGUUGUACACCAAGCAGACCGGGGAGGCGGGUCGUAUCUGUAACCAGGUGUUCAUCUGUGAGCGCAGGUAUCCACGCAGAGAGUACUACUUCGCCAUCACCAUGGAGAGGUCAUUCCAGGGUCCCGUUCUGAUUGGCAGCUCACAGGGGGGCGUGAACAUCGAAGAUGUUGCAGCAGAAAACCCCGACGCCAUUGUGAAGGAGCCAAUCGACAUCGUGGAGGGUAUCAAGAUGGAGCAGGCUGUCAAGGUGGCGAAGAAGAUGGGCUUCCCUGCGGCGCUGGUGAACGAGGCGGCGGAGAACAUGAUCAAACUGUACAACCUGUUCAUCAAGUACGACGCCUCCAUGGUGGAGAUCAACCCCAUGGUGGAGGACUCCUCUGGCAUUGUGAUGUGCAUGGACGCCAAGAUCAACUUUGACUCCAAUGCAGAGUACCGUCAGAAGAAGGUAUUUGAGAUGCGGGACUGGACCCAGGAGGACCCCCGAGACCGGCAGGCCGCCAAGGCCGACCUCAACUACAUCGGCCUGGAUGGGACCAUUGGCUGUCUGGUAAACGGAGCGGGUCUGGCCAUGGCCACCAUGGACAUCAUCAAGCUGCAUGGCGGCACGCCGGCCAACUUCCUGGAUGUUGGAGGAGGAGCUACAGCUCAUCAAGUGACAGAGGCGUUCAAACUCAUCACGUCUGACAGGAAGGUCCAGGCCAUCCUCGUCAACAUCUUUGGAGGCAUCAUGCGGUGUGAUGUCAUCGCUCAGGGGAUCAUCAUGGCUGUGAGAGACCUGGACCUCAAGAUCCCCAUCGUAGUGCGGUUACAAGGGACGAGAGUGGACGAUGCCAAAGCUCUGAUCGCUGCCAGUCCACUGAAGAUCCUCGCCUGUGACGACCUGGACGAAGCCGCCAAAAUGGUUGUAAAGCUUUCUGAGAUUGUCUCAUUGGCUAAGGAGGCUCAGGUGGACAUCACCUUCCAGCUGCCCAUCUAAGAGGAGUCCUCCUCACCCAAACACUUCCUGUGUCUCCUCCCCCGGACUCCCCCCCAGCAGCCAUCACUCCUCCCCCUCACAGACAUGAAGACGAGCCCUCACAGCUGACAGACGUUUAGUUUCUCUUCUCCCUCUGUGGCAUGAUGGUGUGAUGAAGACAGCUGUCCCCCUGCUUUUAUUUAGAGAGACGCCUCCACGUUCUGCCUCCACGUUCUGCCUCCACCCUCCAUCUCCCUCAAACUCAGAAUUUUAUGUUGCACUCAAGUCGAUACGCACAAACCUCGUCUUCAGUACAUGUUGGGAAAAGUUCUUCAGCCCGUUUCAUUGAUAUCAACGGAGCAGCUGAAGCUCCGGUGUGCUUUACUGACGGAGGAGGUCUCUUCACGUUCAGUGGUUGAUUGUGAGGCAGCGAGCACAUGGGCUGCAGAUCAGAGUUCAGAUGAUCCGAACCUCGGCUGUGGCUCAGAUGAUCCGAACCUCGGCUGUGGUUCAGAUGAUCCGAACCUCGGCUGUGGCUCAGAUGAUCCGAACCUCGGCUGUGGUUCAGAUGAUCCGAACCUCGGCUGUGGUUCAGAUGAUCUGAACCUCGGCUGUGGCUCAGAUGAUCCGAACCUCGGCUGUGGCUCAGAUGUCUGAAUGUAACAGACCUCCAGACUCUGUUGAUGGAUGUGUGAUGGUACUGUUGAAUGGUCCGGUCUGACCCAGCUGUGUAUUAUUCAGUGUUCCUGUUGUGGAGCGUCGAGGGGAGAACAUGGAGGUUAAAGUGUAAACAAUCUGAUUUCACUUCCUCUCUCUGAAGAGGACGUUUGUGUCUUUGUUUGUGGAUCAUCACAGACAUGAACACAUGUUCUUCACCUCGUCCUGUCCUCAGCGGAUCAGUGUAGGUCUGCUGACCCGGUCCUGCUGCGGUGAAGUGUUCAUGAGGCAUCCAGACGUCUGACAGCUGUGUGUGCUGUGGCAGCAGCUGUUGUACAAGUGUCAGCAUUAAUGAACCUGCAGCUUCUUCAUGUUCGGGUUUUCUUCUUUGGAUGUUGAAAGUUACUAAGAGCUGGAGACACUGGACCAGCCUGUUCCUGUCUGUGGUUCUGCUGACACGCUGCUCCACUUCUACAACCGCUGCUGCUUCAGCACACUGAGUACACACACACACACACACACACACACACACACACACACUUUCUUCAAACUCUUGUUUUGUUUCUGAAUGUCAAGUUCGGGCAGGUCACUCCCUCACAAGAAUGGUAACAUGACUGUAGUUGUUUCCUCCUCCUCCUCCUCAGCCGACAUUGUGAGUUGUACUUCAUUUAUUAUAUCUUGUAAAUAACCAAACUGAUGUUCUCGCUCUGUAAAAUAUUUAAGCUCCUCAGAGUACGACAAAGGAAGAAAACAAUAAAUGCAGAGAACACAAGA